AGUUUAUUAAAAAAAAGUCAAAAAAAUCCUCGAAUAUGAAGAGUGCUUUGAAACAUUCAAUAAAUUAUAAUAAUAAACUCAUAUUAGCACCAAUGGUGAGAGUUGGUACACUUCCAAUGAGACUAUUAGCAUUAGAAUAUGGAGCUGACUUAGUGUAUACUGAGGAAUUGAUAGACUGGAAAUUAAUGAAAUGCAAAAGAAAAGUUAAUCAUAUUAUUAACACAAUUGAUUUUGUUGAUCCAGUUGAUAACAAUGUUGUUUUUCGUACAUGUGACAAAGAGAAAGAGAAAGUAAUUCUUCAGAUUGGAACCGCAUCAGCUGAUCGAGCUCUUGAAACAGCAAAACUUGUUGAGAAUGAUGUAGCAGGAAUCGAUAUUAACAUGGGAUGUCCAAAAGAAUUUUCAGUUAAAGGUGGAAUGGGAGUUGCUUUAGAUGCUAAUGUUGAGAAUGCUAAGAAAAUUUUAGAGACACUCGUGAGUUCACUUUCCAUUCCAGUGACAUGUAAAAUAAGAAUAAGAAAAUCAACCGAAGAAACUGUUCAACAUGUUAAGGAAUUGGCUGCAACAGGCAUAAAAGCUAUUGCCAUUCAUGCUAGAAAUAAAGACGAGCGGCCACAACAUCGACCACAUCCAGAAGUUGUAAAAGAAGUCGCUGAAGCUGUUGAUAUUCCUGUGAUAUGCAAUGGAGGGUCAAAAGAGAUUGAAAAGUUUUCUGACAUUCUUCAAUUUAAGAAAUUAUGCGGUGUAUCAUCUGUGAUGAUUGCAAGAGCUGCUGAAUGGAAUGUUUCAAUUUUUAGACCAAAAGGAAUGCUACCAUUAAUGGAAGUUAUUAGGAAAUAUUUAGCAAUUGCAAUUGACUACGAUUCUCAUCCAGCAAAUGUGAAAUAUUGCAUCCAGAACAUGCUACGAGAACUUCAAGAAUCAGAAAUGGGAAAAAGAUUUCUUGAUGCACAAACAAUGGAACAGAUAGCAGAAGUUUUUGAUAUGAAAGAUUAUUGUAAGCAAAAACAACAGGAAUUUUAUGAGAAAAGGUUGAGUUUGAGUCGCGAUAUUGUGAGGGAGACAAGUGAAGAACCUUUACCUAAACGAAUUAAGGUUGACAACGGAAAAAUAGAAGAAAAUAUCGCAUUUAUCCGCGCAAAUUAUGUCAAAGACAUAGAUUUACCGAAAAGCAUUUUGCAUGCACACACAAAAAAGAAACUUCGGACAGUUCCAUCAUAUGAAACUGAACAGAAAGAUCGUUAUUUUAGAGCAACACUCAGUCUUGGAAAUAAAAAAUAUUCGAGUACUUUUUGGGAGAAGAACAAGAAAAAUGCUGAACAAGCUUUAUUUACAUUUGACGCAUUUAGGGCUUCAAACAUGACAGAAAUUCUUACACUAGACUACAAUGUAAAUCCACUGUGGUUGAAUGAUAGCAAUACAGAUUGGGCUGAUGGAGACGAACAAGUCGAAGAAGAUCGUGAAAUAAUUUAUUGCGAUGCAAUCGGCCCAAAUACAGAACUGAUAUUUGAUGAAAACAUUCCAGCUGAAUUUGAAGAGGAAGUAUUUGCCGAAGAGACUUUCGAUAAUUUUGUGUCGUCAACAGAAUCGAUAGCUGAAACACCAACGACGACACACUCACGAAAUCUUCUUCUACCUCAAAAUGAAGUAAAAUUCAAACAGACUUUGACAGUGAAUCGAGGUCUGUUGAAAACCAAUCAACGCCAUUUAGAAGCUCAAAAAUCCACCGAUUCUUUACCACCAGCAACACCAACAGUUUCUGAGACCAAAAAGUAUCGUGAAAAAGUCAACUUUAAACCAACAAACUUUGUGCUCAAUGAGCACACCAUGAGAAUAUUCAAGAACAAAAUUAAAGCAAUCCAGAAAAGAAAACAACAAGCAAUUGCUCGUGAAAUGAAACAAAGACCGAAGAAAGUAAAACAAAUCAAAGCAUCGUGGACACCAACCAUUGUCAAAAAAGUUCCAGUGAAAAAACCCGAACCUGUUAAUUAUAUUCCACAAAAACCUAAGCCCAUUGUCGAUCCCAAAAAUUCCGGUGAAAUUGUGCGUGUUGAAAAGGCUGAAAGUGAUAUUGAAGUUGAUAUUUUAUCGAAUUCCGAAGAUGAUCCCGUCGAACAAAUGAUGAUACCUUUAGAAGAUGAUGUGAGUGGAAGCACUGAAACCGAAGAAAUAUCAGUAGACGACCAAGAUGGUAGUUGGAUGAUUGAUUCGUCACUUCCCAUCACUGACACUGACAACAACGAGACACAAAAUAAACUUCAAGAGUUAAAGGAAAAUGACGAAUCAACUUUCAAACAACUUGAAAGUGUUGACAUUCCUGAUGCUGAAAUCAUUCUUGAAGUAUCAAACAUUUCAAAUCUCGAGAGAUUUCUUCAUUCCGAAUUCUUUGUCAACCGCCCGACAAAGACACCCGAAAGAUAUCUCAAGAUACGAAAUCACAUCAUCAGCAUGUGGAAUCAAUCAAAACCGAUUUAUUUAUCAAAAACAUCAGCAAGAAAUGGUCUCAAGAAGUGUGGCGAUGUUAAUUGCAUCAGCCGAAUUCAUUCGAUGUUGGAACAAAUCGGUGCCAUUAACUUUAAUUGUCCGGAAGUUAGUUGGAUUCGUCCAUUAAAAAUUCUUUAUGAGAUAUUCGAACAAAAUAUUAGAAAUAAAAUUCAAAGCGCUCGCAUGAACUCGAUGUUAGAUAAAAAGCAGAAAAAUGAUGAAAACUUUACACAUUCUGAUGAUGGCUCUCAUUUGAUCUCAAUGGAAUCGUCUGACUCGAUGGUGAAUCGAAUAAAGUCAAGAACGAUGCAUCGAACACAAUUCGAGCUGAUAAAGUGCCAGCGAUUUUCAAAGGACAACGUGGCUCCAUUUGAAGUUUCCAUCAAUCUUUCUUGUCUUUUGUGUCUUUAUUUCCAUGCGUUGUCAUCAAAACUUGAAAUUAUGGGUUUUCUCGGUGGAAAAUGUAUUGGCAAUGAUAAACUCAUUUUAACACGAUACAAGCCUUGUCGGACUUCAAAUCAAACAGCAAUAAAUUGUGAAAUGUGCCCAGUAUCACAAGUUGAACAAUCCUGUAACCUUCUUGACGAAGGAUUAUUACUUAUGGGAUGGUUUCAUUCACAUCCCAACUUUCCACCAAUUCCAUCACGAACUGAUCUCAAAACACAAGCAGAAAUGCAACAACAAUUUGCUCCUAAUAAUCCUUUCAUUGGCUUCAUUCUAAGUUGCGUUGAUAUGCAAUUCAAAUGCAUUUACAUGCAAAGAGAAUCAGCUUAUGAAUUAGACGUGGAAAUAAUCAACGAUUAUGGUGACGUCAGAAAAGAUCUCAAAGAUGUCUUAAAUGUGAUUGAACGUGAUAAAGAUUAUGAUGACACCAUUCAGAAGUUUAUCGAAUGCGGAAAUAAUUUAUUGAGAGAACUUUCAAUUCCCGAUAAUAUCCAAAAAAUUAUUGAGGAUUACAUUUGAUUUCCAAUAUUGUGCAACAUGAUGAUUUUUAUACUUUAAGAUAAUUGUAAAUGCUAUAAUUAAGUGUAUAUUCAAUUGCUGCAAACAAACAUCCACAAACAUAUUUUUAACUUAAUAAUGAGAUUUUGCAAUAAAAAAAAGAUUUGUUUUGUAACUUGAAUAA